CCAGUCCACUUGCCCUCACUUCUCCGGUUCUUGGUCUCCCACACAAACAACUCGAUGAGAGCUGCCGUUGCGAAUGGGCAUCUGGACAUAGUUUCUCUUACCCGAGAGCAGUGAUUGAGUGGCCUGUUCUCCCUCAGACUCACUCUCGAACCUUUUUGGCUUCUUUCCCCUUCCACACUACUCGUCCCGGUCGAGCUCCGGUUUGCGACGGUUGACGAUUAUUCCUCCCAUCACCAAGCCGAUUUUCCACUCCCAAAUUACAACAAGACCCCCCUUCUCAACCAAACCCGAGAAGUGCGCAGUCGAGCCGACCGAUAAAAAAACCUUCUCUCCAUUGCCACAAUGGCAACCAACGAAGCAGCAGCCCCCAAUUUGGGUGGUGCCUCCGCCCAGCACAGGGCAGGGCGAGCAUCUCCGGCACCCCAAUCGAAGCGCGACCGCAAGCGCCAGGCCCUUGUCGACAAGAUUGCGAACUUGCAGGAGAAGUUCAGCCGAGACCGUGAUCUCGGAUACCGUGAUCAGCUGCAGAAGGUCCAAGUCGACACCAACCUCGUCCAGCGCAUCGACCCGUACGCCGACGACGUUCUGAAUGUCAUCGCCAGCCUGCGCCAAGAGCACGAGGAGUCCCAGGGACAAGAGGCGCUGUCCGACAGCAACCGGACUUUGCUGCAGAUGGCAGGUCCCAAAUUCGAGGACUUCGUUCAAGGCAUCGAGGAUCUCAUCGAGUACCGAGACUUUCAUUUGCUUCAACACAUGCACGAGCACGAGCGCCGCCUACACCAGUACAAGAACGAAUACCUCUACAAGGUCGAGACAGCAAAGCGCGAGCACCAGGCCCUCUCGGCUACCCUUCGGGACCGUCUCGUCAAUACUCUGCUCUCGAGAAAGUACCGCCUGAACAAGGAGAAGGAGGCGCUGGAGAUCUCCGAUUCGUCAGCGCUGCUGCUCCACCCCAACCAGUUCAGCAUUACGAACCCAGCCAGCCCUGGAGGCACCCACGGAAAGCGCGCGACAAGACUGCGCAAAGAUGCCGAGGAGCUCGCCGGCUACGCGGAUGGCAAGAAGCGCAAGAGGAAUCCGGGCGAAGACGACGGCUCUCCUGUCCCCUCCAGACGGGCUCUCGAUCCUAACAGCACGACACCUCUCUGGCAGAACGAGAAGCUCCGGGUUGCCGCAAAACAAAACGGUCCAGCCUACAGCAUUGAUAAGCUCUUUACUGACAAGGAGCUCUCUCUGGCAUACAACCAAGCAGCCGUCGCUUCCCACAAGUAUGUCCUCAGGCACAAGCCUUAUGCGAACGGAGGCUCUUCCCCCGGCAGCGAUUCCGGCCAGGGCGACGAGAAUGGCGACCAGGACAGCGAGGCUGUUCUGUCAGCCCCGACCAUGGAGCGCACGAGUUCCCACGCCACGAGAAGCACAAGGGCCGGCAUCAACCAGAAUCUGAUUGACGCCGUAGAGGGAGCCAAUGGGCUCGAGUUGCCCAAGUAUCUUGAGAUUAUGCAGCCGCAUGAGCCUGCCAAACUCCCGGCGGUCAACGUGACCAACUACUUCAAACCAGUCAGAGGAAACACGGAUGGCAACCUGCCGCAACCCCUGUCGCAUGAGGAGAUCAACUCCGAUAUCAUGGUUAUGGAUUUGUUCAAGAAGUACGAUGCGAACCACAAACCUGGCGAUUCGAUCGAUCAUCCCAACGGUAGCAGGAAGCUUCUUGAGGCUUCUAUCACCCCGUACACCAACACUCCCCACACGGGAUUCAAUCCUGGUCCCCGACCGGACCCGACGAGAUUUAGGGAGGAUCUGAUGCCGAUCGAGAGCAGCGUUCGAGACGAAGCACCGCCGCUGUCACUUGCCGCUGUCGCCGCCGUCCCCAUGAGCCGCACCAGCAGUGCUGCAGGAGGGACAGCAAUGAGUCGGCAGGGGAGCUCCCGUGGCAAGGGUCGCAAGAACCAGUGACGACAUACGAGAAGUAGAAUGGUGUUUCGGCGUUUAGGAAAACUGGGUGGGGGUUGGCCAGUGCAUGUGAAUGAUAUUCGGGGACAACAGCCCCCUCCAUUGCGGUCAAACUGCACCGCGCUGAGCAAGCUUGCGUUUCUUAUUUGUUUUUUCUUAGGACUUCUCAUGACUGAGGAUUGCAUUUCGUGGUCUAUACACCAACUCUAUGACACGCGCGCGCGCGCAUUCACACAAAAGGGCGGCAAAUGACAAUAGGGGCUUGCACUGAUGGAGAAAGAAGUUCUCAUCUGGAUUCAGAACCAAUCGCCUGCAUUGAUACCCCCCGAUGCUCAUAAACAAAAUAUUCAUAUUCUCAUUGACUCGUAAACUGGGACUCCCAUACUGAACGCUUAUCUCCCCCUCAAGGCCCAAAGACCAGUGCGCGAACUUCAAUGCUCUGGCGACCCUCAGCGUCAGCCCUAGUCCUUGGAUCUUCAAAGGCGGUAUGAGCCAAUCGCCCACCUGAGACCCCAGUACCGUCACGAAGACCCUCGCUGUCGAAGCACUCAAGCAACAGCCGCUCGUCGCCCGUCAUGCCGCUCAAGUAGUACCACUUCUGAUCCGGGCUGAACUUAAUACCCGCUGUCUGGCCGGUGUACCCUGUGGUAUACCGGUGCUCGAUGGGCACAAUGUCCUCGUCAGCCAGGGUCGAGGACGACGCGAAGCCGAGCGGGAAUGACUCGACGGGGUUCUUGUUAAGCGGGCGCCAGACGUUGAUGAUGCGGUAACGGCCCGCGAGCAGCUUGUCGGCCUCCUCUGGCAGGUGCCUCUUGAUGCGCUGGAUCACGGAAACCGGUGUCUGGUCGAUGUGGACGCGGGUGACGGGAUUCCGGAGGGCUUUUGGGUCGGCACGGCGGAUGGUGUGGUCGAAGAAGAUGACGCGGUUGCUACCUGGGACGUGUUCGAGGAGGAGCUUCUCGAGCUCCGGGUAGUAAUUCUGCUUGACGGAGUCGUCAUCGACGAAGUCCUUCUCGGACGAGGGCGGGAGGUUGCGGAUGACGGCAAAGGCGUCGCGGUCGAGGUUGAAGUCGGACUCGCGGCCGCGGAUGUCAUGGAGGAGGGUCUCUGUGGGACUGUCGCCGUAGUUCCUGCCGGGGGGGCCUUCCGGGUUGAUUGUGUUGUAGGGGGUAGAGUUGUCCGGUGGCGCGGCAUAGAAGUUCAGGGUUGCGCGGACGUCGCCGCGGGGGACUGUAUCAAUGGCCAUUAGGGAGGUCUGUGUGGUUGCGAAGCUACUUUUUAAAGUGAUGAAAUAUGAUGCCGGUGUUCAAGGUGAGUUUGGUAGAUGUCACGAUGAGAUAGAUAUUAGGGAGAGUUUCCUUGAAAUGAUAGAAAUUGGGACACCAAUGCGAAUUGUGAAAAUAGAUUUUUUGUUUCGAGAUGAGGCCUCGUCUUUUUAUAUACUCGUCGACGCUCGAGUCUUGUAUUUCAA